AUGAUUACCCUUAGUCCCGGGUCGCUCUGCGACGUCUGCGCAGAGGAGUAUGGUCCCCACAACCUCCCUCACUCUAUCCCUUGCGGACAUGUCCUUUGCCUUGCUUGCUGCAACAACAUCGUCAAAAAAACCCCUGCUCGUCUCGCCCCCUCAUGUCCUUUCUGCCGCGAGUCUUUCACGGGCGACUCCUCCCGCCUCAUCCGCAUAGACUUCGGCUCCGGUUUCUCGACUCCCAAGCGCUCGAACACUCCCAAGCGCGUCGAGGCCCUCGACUUCGACGUCGGCGAAGAUGACGUCUGUCUCCUCAACCCGGCCUCCUUCAAGGGACGCUCCGAGGCCCGGAGGCUCGAGUCCAAGGUCGCCCAGGUCGCGGCCAAGAAGUGCUCGGUGGAGGAGGUGUCGACGUUGCACAAAGAGCUUCAAGAUUGGUUGAGGACGGACAAGGUUGUCGACGAGCAGUCAUCGUCGCUUCAACUUAGCGCCGCCCUUCUUCGCGCCAUCCUCAUCAACCAUGUCGCCCACUCUGAGGCCGCUCGUCACGCCAAGAUGGUCGAGACCCAGCUCGUCGAGCAGCUCGAGAAGGCCGACGCCGAAAAGGAGAAGAUGGAAGCCGAGCUGCGCGCCUUGCGGGCUCAGUACUCUCAGAAGGCCCAGGAGGCUCAGAGCCUCCGCGUCGAGGUCAACCGCGGCAAAGUCAAGUCCGCCGCUCCCUUGCUCGGCGUUCCGACUACACCCCCGCCCAGCACCGGACUUACUCUCGAGUCCGGGAUGAUCACCCCACCGCGGCCUCAAUCCGUCUCCACGGCGUCCGCUGGUUCCCGGUCCGGUGCUACUUCUCCUACGUCACCGACGCGUACGACCUACACCCCGACGUUCCCAUCCCCCCUCGCGAGACCCUCUCCGUCACUUCAUUCCCGCACGACUUCGCUUCAACGUUCGAUGACUCCUCAGGUUCGGUCUGGGACCCCGGUCGUCAGCGGUGCUGACAUCGCCCGGCCUGCCACUAUACCCCCCAAGAUUCGUCGCAUGUCUAUGUCAUCGACGCCCACCCCUACCAAAAUGUCUCGCUCCAGCUCAAGCUCGGACGAGAAAGAAAAGGAGAAGUUGCGCGCUGAUGCCAAGCAACGGGAGAAGGACGCGAGGCGGGUUCAGCUCAUCCAGCGCUGGAUACCCCCCGCAGACGCCCUCUCUCGCAGCCCGCCCACUGGUCGCCCCGAGAAGUUCGAGUCCUCGCACUCUCAUGCGUCCAGGCUUCACCACUCGAUGAUGCCGCCUCUCCGGUACAAGACGCCUGUCUCACACGCUUCGCCGUGA